ACUAUCGACUCUCAUGAUUAGAUUUCUCGACUUUGCGUCGUGCUCUCUCUAUAAAAGCCCAUCUCCACCUUUCUUCUCUAUCUUCGUUGGAGAUAUUCGAUAGCUUUAGCUUAGUUUCGUGGGAGAAAGAGGCGGUGGUGGUGAUGGGUGAGAAGGAAGGAGGGGAGGCGGGGCUGGUGGUGUCGUUCGGGGAGAUGCUGAUCGACUUCGUGCCGGACGUGGCGGGGGUGUCUCUGGCGGAGUCGCCGGGCUUCCUGAAGGCACCCGGCGGAGCUCCGGCCAACGUCGCCGUCGCCGUGGCCAGGCUCGGCGGCCGCUCCGCCUUUGUUGGAAAGUUUGGUGAUGAUGAGUUUGGGCACAUGCUUGUCGACAUACUAGAGGAGAACGGGGUGGAUAUCGAUGGUGUGCUGUUCGAUCCUCAUGCGCGUACCGCUCUAGCCUUCGUCACCCUCAAGAGGAAUGGCGAGCGAGAGUUCAUGUUUUACCGCAACCCCAGUGCAGAUAUGCUCCUGACUGAAUCAGAGCUGAACCUUUCCCUCAUCAAGCAUGCCAAGAUAUUCCACUACGGCUCCAUAAGUCUCAUUUCUGAGCCCUGCCGAUCUGCACAUCUUGCUGCCAUGCGUGCUGCCAAAGAAGCUGGUGCCCUGCUAUCUUAUGACCCCAAUGCAAGGCUUCCUCUGUGGCCAUCGGAGGAGGCUGCUCGUGCUGGCAUCAGGAGCAUCUGGACUGAAGCUGACUUCAUCAAGAUUAGUGACGAAGAGGUGGCUUUUCUAACACAAGAUGAUCCGCAGAGUGAGGAAGUUGUAAUGUCACUGUGGUCUGACGGGCUAAAGCUGAUGGUUGUCACUGAUGGAGAGAAGGGAUGCAGAUAUUUCACAAAGGAUUUCAAGGGACGGGUUCCAGGAUAUAGAGUAAACACAGUGGAUACUACUGGUGCUGGGGAUGCUUUUCUUGGUGCUCUUCUGAGCUCCAUUGCCAAUGACACCUCUCUCUUCCAGAAUGAGGGGAAGCUGAGGGAGGCACUCAAAGUAGCGAACGCUAGCGGAGCAAUCUGCACAACCCGGAAAGGAGCAAUUCCAGCCCUUCCAACCAUGCCAGCGGCCACAGAACUUGUUGCCAAGGGGAAAUGAAUGAAUAAACCAGGUUUAUGUUAUAGAGAAAAUUCUACGAGUUGGUGAUAUGUAGCGGUCAUGGAUCUCAUCUCUACAUGACAAACUUUCUCUUUCAAAGCACAAAUAAAGCACUGGUAAGAUCAGUGUUAAUAGUUCUCUAUA